UUUCCCAGGCCAUUGACAACUCAUUCUGGAAUUUUUGACACUAGUGCUUCCUUAAUCUUACCAGAAGAUGUCAAUGGAAGUUUUUCAGCUGGAGAAUGCCGGAGGAGACCUUAAGGAUGGCCACCACCACUAUGAAGGAGCUGUUGUCAUUCUGGAUGCGGGUGCUCAAUACGGGAAAGUCAUAGACCGAAGAGUGAGGGAACUGUUUGUGCAGUCUGAAAUCUUCCCCUUGGAAACACCAGCGUUUGCCAUAAAGGAGCAAGGGUUCCGUGCCAUUAUCAUUUCUGGAGGACCUAAUUCUGUGUAUGCAGAAGAUGCUCCUUGGUUUGAUCCAGCAAUAUUCACCAUUGGCAAGCCUGUUCUUGGAAUUUGCUAUGGCAUGCAGAUGAUGAAUAAGGUAUUUGGAGGUACUGUGCACAAAAAAAGUGUUAGAGAAGAUGGAGUCUUCAGUGUUAGUGUGGAUAACACAUGCUCGUUAUUCAGGGGCCUUCAGAAGGAAGAAAUUGUUUUGCUUACCCAUGGAGAUAGUGUAGACAAAGUAGCUGAUGGAUUCAAGGUUGUGGCACGUUCUGGGAACAUUGUGGCAGGUAUAGCAAAUGAGUCUAAAAAAUUAUAUGGAGCACAGUUCCACCCUGAAGUUGGCCUUACAGAAAAUGGGAAAGUAAUACUGAAGAAUUUCCUCUACGAUAUAGCUGGGUGCAGUGGGACCUUCACUGUGCAGAACAGAGAACUUGAGUGCAUUCGAGAGAUCAAAGAGAGAGUGGGCACAUCAAAAGUUUUGGUUUUACUCAGUGGUGGAGUAGACUCAACAGUUUGUACAGCUUUGUUGAAUCGUGCUUUGAACCAAGAUCAGGUCAUUGCUGUGCACAUUGAUAAUGGAUUUAUGAGAAAACGAGAAAGUCAGUCUGUAGAAGAGGCCCUCAAAAAGCUUGGAAUUCAAGUGAAAGUGAUAAAUGCUGCUCAUUCUUUUUAUAAUGGAACAACAACUCUACCAAUAUCAGAUGAAGACAGAACUCCACGAAAAAGAAUAAGCAAAACAUUAAAUAUGACUACGAGUCCUGAGGAGAAAAGAAAAAUCAUUGGGGAUACUUUUGUUAAGAUUGCCAAUGAAGUAAUAGGAGAAAUGAACCUGAAACCAGAGGAGGUUUUCCUUGCCCAAGGUACUUUACGGCCUGAUCUAAUUGAAAGUGCAUCCCUUGUUGCAAGUGGCAAAGCUGAACUCAUCAAAACCCAUCACAACGACACAGAGCUUAUCAGAAAGUUGAGAGAGGAGGGAAAAGUAAUAGAACCUCUGAAAGAUUUUCAUAAAGAUGAAGUAAGAAUUUUAGGCAGAGAACUUGGACUUCCAGAAGAGUUAGUUUCCAGGCAUCCGUUUCCAGGUCCUGGCCUGGCAAUCAGAGUAAUAUGUGCUGAAGAACCUUAUAUUUGUAAGGAUUUUCCUGAAACCAACAAUAUUUUGAAAAUAGUAGCUGAUUUUUCUGCAAGUGUUAAAAAGCCGCAUACAUUAUUACAAAGAGUCAAAGCCUGCACGACUGAAGAGGAUCAGGAAAAGCUGAUGCAAAUUACAAGCCUGCAUUCACUGAAUGCCUUUCUGCUACCAAUUAAAACUGUGGGUGUGCAGGGUGACUGUCGUUCUUACAGUUACGUGUGUGGAAUCUCCAGUAAGGAUGAGCCUGACUGGGAAUCUCUUAUUUUUCUGGCUAGGCUUAUACCUCGCAUGUGUCACAACAUUAACAGAGUUGUCUAUAUAUUUGGCCCUCCAGUUAAAGAACCUCCUACAGACGUUACUCCCACUUUCUUGACAACGGGGGUGCUCAGUACUUUACGCCAAGCUGAUUUUGAGGCCCAUAACAUUCUCAGGGAGUCUGGGUAUGCUGGGAAAAUCAGCCAGAUGCCGGUGAUUUUGACACCAUUACAUUUUGAUCGGGACCCACUUCAGAAGCAGCCUUCAUGCCAGAGAUCUGUGGUUAUUAGAACCUUUAUUACUAGUGAUUUCAUGACUGGUAUACCUGCAACCCCUGGCAAUGAGAUCCCUGUGGAGGUGGUGUUAAAGAUGGUCACUGAGAUUAAGAAGAUUCCUGGCAUUUCUCGAAUUAUGUACGACUUAACAUCAAAGCCCCCAGGAACUACUGAGUGGGAGUAAUAAACUUGUUCUACUAAA